UAAAUCAGCAGGUGCCCGUGGGAAGUUCAAACUUCCGCAACGUUUGUUUAGGGCUUUUAUAAUCCUUUCCUCUGUCCCAUCAUACAACAUGGAUGCGGGAGACUCACUUAACGAUGAAACAGACGAGAGAUGGACAUGUAUAUGUACAGAUGGGACAAGGAUUGAGAUCAGUCUACAACAAUUUGUACAACACUCAGGCUACUUCGCCGCGAUGAUAAGAAGUAAUGUACAAGAACAUCUGACGAAGGAAAUCAGCCUGGAAUUGCUUUCAGUGCAAACAAUGACUGAGAUCCAGAAGCUGUUGGAUAUAUUGUCCUGUCGACUGUUUGAAAUGGAGGCAGAGCUGCAGGUGUUUGAAAUAUUCUCACAGCUUUCAGACCUGUCAGAAAUGGACAUGUUAUUGACAGCUAUUGACUACCUGGACAUGCACAAGCUGAGGAAGCUUUGUGACAAGUUCUUUUGUUCACUGCAUGAGUCCAAUAUGGACAAUCUUUCCUAUCUCCUACAUCUAUGCACUAACUUCACGCUAAAACAAUUAGAAAAGAAAAUUCUGUCAUAUUUGCUUAAAAACGUUUGUAGUAUCCUUAAUUCAGAAACAUUCAAGAUGUUGCCUUUUCCUCUACUGAAAUGCGUUUUAGAAAGUAACAAGGCAAAUGUUUCCUCUGAGUGGGACCUAGUUACAGUCUUGGAUGAAUGGGCUAUGAGUCAUUGUCAAAAUGAAUCUGAUGAAAAAAAUAUUUUUGAAUUAGGGAAAUGCAUCAGAAUUUUAUCUUUAACAGAUUGUGAAAAUUACGAGAAGCAGCUUGCAGAAAUAAGAAAUAAAUGUCUAAGAAAUCAAAUUAAAACAGCUAUAUGUGAACGUGAUGAUGAUCAAGAGAAGUAUAUUUUAAGUCAUCCGUCUCACAACCAGAAGAGGAGAGGUCAGAGUAUACUCCUAGCCAUGAGAGUCCCCUUUGGGAAUAAACUUGACAGAGCAUGUUCAUUUUCUAAAGACUUCAGUAUUGAGAAUAAUGAGGAUAUUGUGUUCAACGAGAGUCAUCGGUUGUCAACGUCCAUCCCGUGUGAAGCUCUGCGAGAGUUUUGUGUGUGUACACUUGGACAGUAUGUGUAUGUAGCUGGUGGUCAGCGAAAAUACUCUCUGGCUGGUCAGUUUGCGGUCAGUGAUAUGUACCGGCUGGACUUGGACAACCUGCAGUGGACGACGGUGAAGCCGAUGUCUGUGAGGAGGUGUUUGUUUCACAUGGAAACUAUCUCUAAGCAGCUGUAUGCUGUCGGGGGCAUCAACAUUGAUGGGGAACUGUCCUCCGUGGAGAAAUAUGACCCGGUGACAGACCUGUGGACCCCUGUACAGAGUCUGGACUAUAACAUACAUGAACAUGCAGGUUGUGGCCAUGGCAAGUUGAUGUACAUCUGUGGAGGCCAUGACGGGAAAAGUCAUGUAGAAACGCUGUGUCGGUAUGAUGGGACAAGUGAUACAUGGUCUCGGUGUGCCCCGAUGUUGACAACUAGAUCAUGUCACUCUGUGAUUCGCCUCAAUGACAGACUGUAUGUGAUUGGUGGCAGCAAGAUAAAGAGGUUCAAAGUGUAUGGAAUACAGACCAUCGAGUGUUAUAGCACCACAACAGACCAGUGGAGUGAAGUGCGAGCGGAGUUUCCCAGUGUGUACACAGCAUGUCAGAGUAUCUAUUCCCGCCCCCGAUCCAGUCGACUCUUGGUGCUCGGGGGGUACAGCUACAAGCAUCGCGCCUACACCAUCGAGAUGCACAGCUUCUGUGAACGAACGUGCACAUGGGCGAAAGUGCCCAUCUCAUUCAACAGCAGACGGAAAGACCAGAGAGAGGCUAUCAUUCUUGAGGUCAAGGUCAACAAGCAUUUGGCUGAUCAACUUGUGAAAAAUAAAAGAUCAUGUACAUUGAAAUAAAAUACGAAAAAUGUCA